GCUGGGAAGCCCGCCGGACUCAGCCCGGGGGUCGCCUUCCUGCGACCGACCUCCAGGAUGCCAGAGGCCAAGAGCUCCCGCCACGACCUCAUGCGAAGGAAGGAGUCGGUGCACCGCACGGUCAGCCAGAUCUGCCCGCCCCCGCGGCGGCCCCUGACCGUGGCUGACAUCCGGCGGGGCAUGGAGAACGAGAGGCUGGGGGUCGUGCGGGAUUCCAUGUUUCAGAACCCGCUCAUCGUCAAGGCCGAGCUCGGGAAGCCCCGAGAAAGAAGCUACAGUCUUCCUGGAAUUGACUUUAACUACGGACUCUACAUCCGGGGGCUGGAUGGAGGGGUCCCCGAAGCCAUCGGACACUGGAAUGUGUUUAAGCAGCAGCCCACUUGUCCUCAAGAGCUGAGCCGGAAUUAUAUCGCCAUGAAUCGCGGGGCCGUGAAAGCCGGCCUGGCAACUGCCAAGGAGAACCUCCUCUACCGUCAGCUCAAUGACAUACGCAUCAGUGACAAGGAGGACCGAAGGCUCAAGAAGGAACUGCCCUCUCUCCCUCCAAACAUGACCUUUGGGAUCUGCUCACGGCCUUCCACCCCCUUCUUUGACCUGCUGCAGCACCGGUACCAGCAGCUGUGGGUGCAGGAGCAGAAGGACGCACAGAAAGCCAUCAAACUGGAGAAGCAGCACAAGAUGAUCCUCGGGAAGCUCUAUGAGACCCGGAGCAGCCAGCUGCGGAAGUACAAGCCGCCCGUGAAGCUGGACGCCCUCUGGCACAUGCCCCACUUCCGGAAGGUGGGACCCCAUCUCGACACCUUCCCCACCGAGGCUGACCGCCAGAGAGCCUUCAAAGCUCACCGCGAGGAGGGUGCCGUGCGCCAGGGGACCCUGCGGAUGGGCAACUACACGCACCCCUAA